AUUGUUUGACACACAAUUUACCUCAAACUCAACAUGGGACUGACCCGGAACAGUAAACAAGGAUCCGUUCGACGAGCCAGCUCAUCCGAAGGGUUCGGUAGCGCUUCGUCUUAUUCCAAUACAAGUUCGUUCGGAUCUCUGGCCGAUCUGGGCAAUGACAACAGCCCCGAUGAUUUGGGUAACAUUAGCGUCGUCGUCAGAGUGCGACCGUUAAGCGAGCGGGAAAUUCAACGGAACGACGACACCAUUAUUCAAGUUCUCAGCCAUGAGCAGAUAAUGAUGCGACCAGACGUCCGGGCCAAUGGGCAGAGUGCCAUCAGCGGUUCGCAGUCCACCUUCAAUCAAACGCUGACAGCCAAAUCGUUCACGUUCAACGCCGUUUUCGAUCAAACGGCCACUCAGUCUGAGAUGAUGGAGAAAUCCGGAGUGGCCAAAAUCAUCGCCAUGGCCAUGGAAGGCUAUUCGACCACCGUCUUUUGUUACGGGCAGACAGGAUCAGGCAAAACGCACUCACUCACCGGCCCGCCCCAUUUGUUCCAGGACCAACCGGAUCCCUUCUCGGAAGAACACGGACUCAUCUAUCGAGCCUUCGUUCACCUUUUCGACCGAUUGAAGGAAAAGUCCAAGUCAGAUUGCACCUAUAUUAUCAAAGCUUCUUUCCUGGAAAUCUACAACGAAAAGGUGAUCGACUUACUCAAUCUCAGCACCUUCAAGAAACCGCUGCAGGUGCGUUGGUCAAGAGUCGCCGGUGGUUUCUACGUCCAGAAUCUCUUUACAGUUGAAUGCGAGGAAUUCGACGAUCUGCUGGCCGUCCUAGAGGAAGGAAUGAAGAACCGAGCUGUCGGCAGUCACGGCAUGAACGACUAUUCCAGCCGCAGUCACACCAUUCUCACCGUUCACGUCAUCUCCGAAUUGCAGGCAUCAGAGGAGGGCGUUUACCUGAGUCGGCAUGGCAAAAUCAACUUUGUCGAUCUGGCCGGUAGCGAAAUGACCAAGAAAACCAACAGCCAGGGUAAAACACUCGAAGAGGCCAACAACAUCAACAAAAGUUUGAUGGUCCUAGGCUAUUGCAUAUCGCAACUGAGCGACCCGAGGAAACGGAAUGGACACAUUCCUUACCGCGAUUCCAAAUUGACUCAACUCUUAUCCGAUAGUCUUGCCGGAAACGGGGUCACAUUAAUGGUGGCGUGCGUGUCCCCGGCGAGAUCCAAUUUGUCCGAGACUCUCAACACGCUCCGUUACGCCGCCAGAGCCAAACACAUUCGCAACAAACCGGUCGUCGUCAUGGAUCCCAGGGAGGCAUUGAUUUUAAGUUUAAAACGGGAAGUGAUGGCCCUACAGGAGGAGAAUGUCCACCUGCGAAAUUUGGUCGACAUGGAGAAAUCGGUCAACACCCAGCAACGGCCGGCUACAUCCGUCAUUCGAUCGGCAACUCCAGCUGAGGAAGAUUUGCUGAUUGGAGCAGCACUGACCACGCCGAGAUUAGGCGAUUUACCCACCCAGGAGGCCCAGGAACUGCUGCACAGUCUCUUGCAAGAAAAUCGAGCCCUCAGGAAAGAAAACACCGAUCUCUACUCACUCAGGGAAGCCUUGCUGAGACAGCAGGAGGCCGUUACCAAGCAAAACGAACGGCUCAUCAAACAGAUUGAGGGCAAACCUAUAAGAACGCCUCGAGCUCCUAUGGCGCUUCUUGCGGUCAACGAUCCAAUCAAGAAUGAAGGAUCGAGUAGGGGUGGAUCUGUUUCGGCUAGAAAUUCUCCGCUACCGCCGUUGAAACGUUCGAAUUCUCUGAUAUCCAUCCCGGGUCAAUCGUCUCUCAUUAGUCCUUUAAACCAGAGCAUCACUUUGUUAGAUCAACAGUCGACUGUCAUGGGUCUUAACGGCACCUGCAUCUUACCUAUGACAGUGAGCAAAGAAAUGACAAAGAGAGGGUUCAACGCGAGUAAAUCGGCAGAUAAUAAAAUCAACGACGACAAUGGCGACAGUUUGAAUUUAGAUCCGGCCAUGCUUUCCCCUCCGCAAGUGUACGGGCACCGGAAGAAACUGACGGAUUUGAAAAUAGACAUGAAUUUCGUACCAAAGAAUAACAAGAUGAAGAGAAGCAGCAGCAUUGGAGUUGGCAGUAAUUUACCAUCGCCGGAUGGCAAAAGCAAAACCUUUUCUCAGCAGCAGCCGAGGAUUCGCGUAGCGAAUAGCUCCAGCACCACUAAUGGGGCAGCGGCCGGGUCCUAUACCAAAUAAAUUCAAUUUCUUAAUUAAUUCUUCAUGCAAUUUUUUCCCCCCGCAUGUUAAACAACACAUCUGCAAACUUAUUAUCACAAUCAUUAACUUUAUGAUAUAUAAUGUAUGGAAUCAACAAAUACAAGUUGGAGA